AAUUACAUAUAUAGCUACUUUAACUCAAUCUGAUAAUAAGAACAGUUUUUCAUUGGUUCUUGAGAUUAUCUUUAAAAUCUGCUUUAUUAUGCUACUGCUGCUACUGCCUGAUUAUCAAACCACACAGCUUAAACUAUCAAGGGACAGAAGCAGUGUGAAAAGUAACAUUUCUUUUGAGCUGAUACUAUCUGGAAUGGGAGGAGUUGUGUGGCAGUUGGGCCUCCAGCUGUGCGUUGCUGCUGUGCUGCUCUUUGGUGGAGGAAGAGGGAGAGAGCUCUCUGGCAGCUUGAGCUGCCUGAAUAACUACGUGACUACUGUGAACUGCAUGUGGGUAACGGAGAAGCCCGUGGGUGAUGGACCUUUCCAUCUGCAUUUCACCAACCUCUGGUCAAAGGGCCACAAUGCCAGCUGCAACCUGACUGCCACAGAGAGCAUGCAGAAUCAAUACCACUGCACAAUUAAUUUAACCAGCCAGAUCUUGGAAACAGAUGGUUAUAGAGUCUCUCUCCAAGCACACUUCUUUGGUCGCAUUCACACGUACAUAACCCUUCCAGAGUACAUUCCCCGCAAGCACAUAAAACUUGAUCCACCUUUGGACAUCCAGAGCAAUGCCACUGCCAGCAAGUGCCAGAUAUGGUGGAGUCUGUGGAAUGUGCCUUGGUACCUCGCUGACAUUCUCCAAUAUGAGUUGCAGUAUAAGGAGUACAGCAUGCCUUGGGAGUUUGCUCGGAACAAGACACUACCCAGUUCACUGCCACAGGUAGAAAUUGAAGCCACAGAGCUCCACAGUGGCAUUGCUUACGCAGCAAGGGUUCGCUGCAAAGUUUCUGAAAAUGAGAAUUCAUACCACAGUCAGUGGAGUGAGUGGAGCAAGACAACAGUGUUUCAAAGAGCAGAUGUCCCAAAAGUCUCUGAAAAGAUUCUAAAUACCAAAACUAUGCAGUACUUAUUCAUUCCUCUGAGUUUUGGCACUUUGCUCUAUUUAUUCUGGAACUGCAAGCUUUCCUCAAGGGCAAAAAGCCUCGCCUGCUUUAACAUUCCCACACCAGCUGCUUUCUUUCAGCCACUCUAUAGUUCGCACAAUGGGAAUUUUAAGGACUGGGUUGGACUGAAUGAGGCUUGUAGCCAACUUGAAAGAGAAGAGGCCAGCAACUCAAGCAAAGUGAAUGCAGAUAGAAUUUCUGAUCUAAACACCCAAGAACUGAUUUCCCAGAACUCAUUGAAACCUACAGGAAGUACAGACAUGGUUACUGCAGAAGAAACCUUUACAUUUGCCUCAGGUCCAAGCCAGCAGUAUGUCUCCAGCAGGUACAUAAGAGCAGAAGAGACAGAGUUGUGGCCGGGACUAUUGUUUGCACCAAACCAUGCUGGUGAUCCCAUUGGCCUGAAAAUCUCUGAAAUAAUUAAAGACAACCUUGAGAGUCCUCGUGUUGGAAGGAAUUAUUCCUCUCACUCACAGCAUGGAAAGGGUGAUUUUCUUAUGCUUCAAGAAUCUUUGGGAAUAGCAGACGUGUCCUUCAGUGGUAGUGACUAUUGUACUUUGUGUGACAAUGAUACCACAGGAGGUUUGAUUUCUGCGGAACUGCUGACGCUUUCUGAUGGCAAUAGUCAUGUCAAACUUCAGAAAAAUCAGUGACUUUCCCUGGGGAACACUGCCUACAAAGUUCCUUGUGUUCUCCUAUCACC